AGAGAAAUGCUGGUGAUUAAACCAAAACUGGAAGGAGUUACAGUUGUUAAUGGGAGCUAAGUUUAAUUACCCUUUCCCAGAAAACCUGCAACAUGGUGAUGAUAUAGUCCCAAACAAAAAUUCUCCUUAAUUGACAUAACAGGAAAGUAACUUCAGUGAGCAAUUAUGCUGAUGUCCUGGGCUGGCACAUGUGUGUGCCACAAAUAUAUCUUGUACUUCCUGCAAAAUUCUUUUAAGUAGCUAUAAGGAAGACAUUAUUUUUUUCCUUUUUUCUUUUUUUUUUUUUUCAGUGGCUCACGAGAACUAAUCACUUACUUGAGGCUCUUUUUGAGGAAAACAAUGGAACAAAACAAUGCCUUUUUGUAAGACCUGCCAAAGCACAAAGGAUGCAUGGGAUGUUUUUUUUCUUUGUUGCUUUUGUCAGCAGGAAGUUUUGUUGUUGGAAACGACUAUAACAUGCACUGUCCUUGCUCUACGUAAUCGCUGUCUGGUCCUGCAAGCCGGGUCUUGUCAAGCUGCCUCAUCCAACUGGCACAGGCACCGCUCUGCUUCACUCUGUGGGCUUUGCUCAGCCCGGAGUGUCCUCACACUUAACGCUCCAUCCGGGCUGAUGCACAAUAAACAAACUUCAGGACUCGGGUGGUCCAAUGAUUGCUGGGUUUGAGCAGGACUGAAGCAGUGAGAAUGGAAACCACGAAGAUCAACAUGUCCCGUGUCCCUCUGGUGAACGGAGGCAUCGACUCUGCCAUGCUCAAGGCGCACAAGCCCCGGGUGAUGUCCAAAAGCGGCCACAGCAACGUGCGCAUCGACAAAGUCGACGGCAUUUACCUGCUCUACCUCCAGGACCUGUGGACUACAGUGAUAGACAUGAAGUGGAGGUACAAACUCACCUUGUUUGCUGCUACUUUUGUCAUGACCUGGUUCCUCUUCGGGGUUAUCUACUACGCCAUCGCGUUCCUCCACGGCGAUUUGGAGAUGAGCAAGUUCCCCCCGAAGCGCGAGCCGUGCGUCAAGAACGUGGACUCUCUGACUGGGGCUUUCCUCUUCUCCCUGGAGUCACAGACAACCAUUGGCUAUGGGUUCCGUUUCAUUACAGAGGAGUGUCCCCACGCCAUCUUCUUGCUCGUGGCCCAGCUGGUCAUCACCACCCUGAUUGAAAUCUUCAUCACAGGUACCUUUCUGGCCAAAAUCGCGAGACCUAAAAAAAGGGCAGAGACCAUUAAAUUCAGCCACUGUGCCGUCAUUACUAAGCACAACGGAGAACUUUGCCUGGUGAUCAGAGUGGCAAACAUGAGGAAGAGCCUCCUGAUACAGUGUCAGCUGUCUGGGAAGCUCCUCCAGACAUACGAAACCAAAGAAGGGGAGAGGAUCCUGCUGAACCAAGCCAGUGUCAAAUUCAACGUCGACUCCUCCUCGGAGAGUCCGUUUCUCAUUUUGCCUUUAACCUUCUACCACAUUUUGGAUGAGAGCAGCCCCUUGAGAGACCUGACACCUCAGAAUCUCAAGGAGAAGGACUUUGAGCUCGUGGUGCUCCUGAAUGCCACGGUGGAGUCCACCAGUGCUGUCUGCCAGAGCAGGACUUCCUACAUCCCCGAGGAGAUCCACUGGGGCUACGAGUUCGUGCCUGUGGUUUCCCUCUCUCCAAAUGGAAAGUACGUUGCGGAUUUCAGCCAGUUCGAGAAGAUCAGGAGGAGCACAGAUGCUACUUUUUACAGCAUGGACUCUGAAAAGCAAAAACUAGAGGAGAAAUACAGGCAGGAGGAUCAGAUGGAGAGGGAACUGAGAACAAUGUUGUUACAGCAGAGCAAUGUUUGAUUGAAUGGACAAACUAUUCUGAUUAAUCCUUUUUGCAAACUGAAAAAAGACCCAUACUCUGUGCUGUAUGUCUGCCAUGAAACCAGCAGGGGAGUCCUUUUUUAGCUUUGGUGCACAGUAAAUCAAUCCCUUUGGCCGAGUGGUUAAUCAAUUAUUUUUUAAUUAGGCAGGAUUUCUCUGUGCACCAUCACGACUUAGCAAAGUCGCAUUUAUGCUAAGUCUGUGCCUUCUGCCACCACUAAAAGCAGACACAACACUUUCCUUUUGGAAAGUGAAACUGGAUGCACUGUGCUGGUUCCUCCAAAUAUUUAUUUGUCGUGGUUUUACUGUGAACAUGCACUCGCAGAGGCGGCACACAGCACUGCUCCUUUAAAAUACCUAUAUUUAAAAUGUAUAUUCUUGUACCAGGCAUUGCCUCCCGGGGGAUUCCCGGCACUGAAAGUAAGUUGAGCGGAAGAGAAAAGCGGUUGGAUGUGGGAAGAGCCUGCAGGGAGGGGUUAAAAUCCUUAAAUCUUGAAGGAGGGUGACAGAGUAGUGCUGGGUGGAGAGGAAGAGAACUCGCUCUCUGUCUCUGCUGCUCAGAGCUUGUUUUGUGAUUGUUUUAUGAUCACUCACUUUUUUAACCUUGCUAAUGCCUGAUUUAUAUAUAAUAGCAAAACAUGAGGGAGAUAAGGGCAAGAUGCACAGAAUCACAACAGUGAUCAACUAAGGUUACAGCUGGCUUUGAGACACCUGUUUUUUAUCCAGUGUAAAUAGUUUGUAGCAGCAGCAUAACAAUACAGUUCUACAGAUUGCUUGCUUUGCUAUGGACCAUAUUUAAUUCUGGUUAAAAGAAAGCUGUGUAACGUCUGUAGACAAUAUUUACUGUUUUUUUUUCUGGCAACCAUAAAGGACAAGCAUUCCUUUCAUCCAUUUCAUUUUUUUUGGUCUAACUAAAACCAUUCCAUUAAUAAAGGAAUUAAAUUCGA